AUGGAAGUACGUUUAUGGCAAACCUGGUUCACUCAACAUUUUCAGCUUGUCCAACGGCACUCCGUCCAUACACUGGUUUUUCGAUCCCUAAAACGCACCCAUGAUAUGUUUGAAUCAGAUCAAGCUCGACUACCGGAAGUGGACCCUCUAAGUGAAGCGCUGAAAACUGCUGUGAAGGCGCGAGACCAAUACGGCCCAGUGCUCAAACAGGCCAGUACUAAUCCUCUAAAGCAAACUAAGUCAGCUGCUUUAUCUUCUGCUGCCCCUGGAGCAAUAGUCCCCGUGGAGAAAAACAAACCCAAGCCAAUGCUUGACCAAAAUACCUCUCUAGUCCAAGUAGGAGGUGAAAAGUUAUUACUACCGAAGAAAGCACCAACAAUGCCAAAACCUACAUGGCAUCCGCCGUGGAAAUUGUGUAGGGUUGUUAGUGGUCACACUGGCUGGGUUCGAUGUGUUGCCUUCGAUCCAACAAAUGAAUUUUUUGUCACUGGUGCUGGAGAUAGAAUGAUCAAGGUUUGGGAUUUUGCAAGUGGAACUUUGAAACUUACUCUGACUGGUCACAUCAGUGUUGUUCGUGGAGUAGUAAUAAGUGCACGUCACCCCUAUUUGUUCUCCUGUGGGGAGGAUAAAACAGUGCGUUGCUGGGACUUGGAGCAAAACAAGGUUAUUCGACAUUAUCAUGGACAUAUGUCCGCAGUUUACGGAAUCGAUCUCCAUCCCACGAUCGACGUGCUUGUAACUUGUGGACGCGAUGCAACGGCUCGCGUUUGGGAUAUGCGGACAAAGGUUAACGUUCACACGCUUACUGGACACUCCAACACAGUUGCUGCUGUUCGUUGUCAAGAAUCUGACCCACAGGUGAUCACGGGCUCGCACGAUGCCACUGUUCGCCUAUGGGAUUUAGCUGCGGGACGCACCAUCACCUGUCUGACGAAUCAUAAGAAAAGCGUGCGAUCCAUUUGCAUUCACCCAACACAAAACUGUUUCAUUUCGGGUUCUCCGGACAAUAUCAAACAAUGGAAACUGCCAGAGGGCGUAUUUCUGCAGAACAUGUCCGGUCACAAUGCCAUUAUCAACGCACUGGCCAUCAACCAAGAUAACGUGGUCGUUAGUGGAGGUGAUAACGGUAGCAUGCACUUCUGGGACUGGAGAUCGGGAUACAAUUUCCAGCGUCUACAAACUCAAGUCCAGCCUGGAAGUAUCGACUCCGAAGCUGGUAUUUUCGCACUGGCAUUCGAUCGGAGUGGAUCGCGCCUGGUUUCGUGUGAGGCAGACAAAACUAUCAAGAUAUUCAAGGAGGACGAAACAGCUACUGAGGAGACACAUCCACUCUACUGGCGACCCGGCCUGCUCAAACGAGCGAAAUACUAAAACCUGCCGUCACGUCUCUGUAAAUUUGUUCCUACUUUAAAAAAAAUUGACCAUUGUGUUGUUUUUGCCAU